CUCGAAUGCGAGCCAUGGGAUAUAAAAGAGACCGAAUAUCUAGAUUGAAAGGUUCGAGUGGAAAGUGCACCGGUUUUGUCAAACUUGUCCUCGACAACCAUUCGUUCCUUUAUAUUUUCCUUCUGAAGACAUUCGCUCGUUUUGACAUAUUUUUUGUUUCUCGUCAAAGGGAUAUCAGCAUUCCAUUCACCCUGUUUCGAAACAAUGAUGUUUCUUAAGUCCGUUCUCGCCCUAGCGGUCGCUUCAGUCGCGACUGUCCAGGCGGCCCCGGUGAACGAGGAACGUGCAGCUCCUUCUCCUGUCCCUUCCCCGCUCUCUGCUGUCCCAGCCUGGCAGGCUCGUCAUGGCCUUACCUCUAAAAAGUAUCAGAGCACUUUCGACGACCUCCUUUCUCAAGGCUAUCGCCUUACCUAUGCCAGCGGAUACACCGACAACGACAGUCCUCGAUAUGCGGGUAUCUGGAAGAAGGUAUCCACCACUGCAUGGCAAGCAACCCAUGGCCAGAGCGGCGCUCAAUUCGAUAAAACCUUCUAUAAGCUUCGGGACCAAGGCUAUCACCCCGUUGUUUUGAACGGCUACACUGUCAAUGGAGAUGACAAAUAUGUAUCUAUUUGGGAUAAAUCUAAGACUGGACCAUGGGAAGCACGGCGUGAAAUGAGCCAGGCGGGCCUCCAAAAGGUCUUCAAUGAGUUGAAGAGUAAGGGUUACCGUAUGGUUCAUGUUAGCGGAUAUGCUGUUGGCAAAGAGGCUCGAUUUGCUGGUAUUUGGGAAAAACGGGAAUCUGUCGCAUGGGAAGUUCGCAUUGGACUCACUAGCUCGCAAUACCAAACCAAGACGGAGGAAAUGAAGGCGAAGGGAUUCCGACCUGUCCAGGUCAAUGGUUAUGCCGUCAACGGAAAAACCUAUUAUGCUGCUAUCUGGGAGAAGGACAACAGUGUUGCCUGGCAGGCAAGACACGGCUUGACUUCCAAGAGAUAUCAGGAGGAGUUUGAUAAGCUGAACAAGCAGGGAUAUACGCCCAUCGUUGUCAGCGGCUAUCCUUCCGGAGACGCGGUGAGAUACGCAGCUAUCUGGGAGAAGAAAUGA